AUGCGGGCAAUUUUAUCCAUCAUUUUGUUGAUUAGUUUGGUUCUAGCCGAAGAUUAUUAUGAGUUAUUAGGUGUCGAAAAAGAUGCAGACGAUCGAACAAUUCGAAAAGCUUUCAAAAAAUUGGCGAUUAAAAAACAUCCAGAUAGAAAUCCAGAUGAUCCAAAUGCUCAUGAUGAAUUUGUAAAGAUUAAUAAAGCAUAUGAAGUUUUGAAAGAUGAAACAUUACGAAAGAAAUAUGAUCAAUAUGGUGAAAAAGGGCUAGAAGAUGGUUUCCAAGGCGGAAAUAAUUAUCAAAGUUGGCAAUUUUAUAACGAUAAUUUUGGAAUUUAUGAUGAUGAUGUUGAAAUCGUCACUUUGAAUCGAGCAGAUUUCCAAAGACUUGUCAGCGAAUCAACAGAUAUUUGGUUUAUCAACUUUUAUUCAACAUAUUGUGGACAUUGUCAUCAAUUAGCACCAACUGUAAGUUUUAUUUUUACUUUUUUAAAAAUUCUAACAUUAUUUAUUCAGUGGCGCAAAUUUGCUCGUGAAAUUGAGGGAACAAUUCGAGUUGGAGCUGUAAAUUGUGCCGAAGAUCCACAACUUUGCCAAUCUCAACGUGUAAAUGCAUAUCCUUCUCUUGUUUUUUAUCCAACUUUUGAAUUCUACAACGGACAAAGAGAUGUUGAAUUGCUUACUGAUUUUGUUAUUCAACGCCUCAAAUCCGAAGUUUUACAUUUGACAUCAGAUAAUUUGAAAGCAUUGAGCGAAGAAUGGGAACCUUAUAAAGAUUUACCAUGGAUUAUUGAUUUUUGUGGAGGAGAUAAUUAUGAAUGUUUGUCGUCUACAACAAGGUAAGGUUUUAAAUUUGAAAAAAAAUCCAGAUUUUUAAAUAAAUUUUUUUUCAGAAGAAAAUUAUCCGCAAUGUUGGAUGGUUUGUGUAAUGUUGGUACAAUUGAUUGCAACAACGAGGAAAAACUUUGCUCGAAAUUCAAACAAAGCUCAGGUGUUGUAUAUUUCCCAGAAAGAUCAAUCACACCAGAAAAACAGAUUGUAAGUGUUUUUUUUUAAUUUUCAUAGCAUUAUAAAAAUAUGUUAGAAUAUCGAAUCGAUGGAUGCUCAAGAGAUUGCUCAAAAUGUAAUAAAUAACCUCGAUGAAUUACCUGAAAUUGACGAUGAAGAUUUUCAACAUCUUCUAGAAGGAAAUGAUCCAGAUGAGCCAAUUGCAAUUUGGAUUCUUUCAAAUAAUCAACAAUCAGAAGAUCGAAAAGAUUUCCGAAGACUUCCUGCUCUCAUUUCAUCCGCAAAAAUUCUCCAAUUCGAUUGUUCAAAAUCAGAUAAAUGUGGAGAUAUUGUUGAUAUGACAAAACUUCCUCAAUUCUUGGUUUUCAAACCAACUGGCGGAUAUGAAAUCGAUUAUGCUGGAUCGAAAGAUUUCCGAAGUGCUGCUCAAUUUAUUCGAGACGCUUCAAAAUCACAUCUUCAUGUUUUGAAUAGCGAUUCUUAUGAAUACGCGAUUUCAGGAGGAGAAUUUUAUAUCGUGGAUUAUUUUGCGCCAUGGUGUCCACCUUGCAUGAAAUUAUUGGCUGAAUAUCGUAGAUUCCACGUAACAGCAGAUGAAGGAUCAAUUCUACAUUCAGCUGCGAUUGGAACACUCGAUUGUGUUAAAUAUCGAGAUCUUUGUGUUUCUGCAGGUGUUCAAAGGUUUGAUCUUUUUUUUUAUUUUUGUAUUUAUAUUAAUAUUUUCAGUUAUCCAACAAGUAUAAUCUAUACACCAGAUGGAAAACAGCAUAAAAUGAUUGGAUAUCAUUCAAUUGAAUCAGUUAUGGAAUUUAUUGAUGUAAGUGUUUUCUUUAAAAAAACAAACUAGAAACCCGAUUUUCAGAAUGCUCUCAAUCCAUCAGUUAUUGAAAUAACACCUGAAGAUUAUGAGAAUCUAGUUAUAAAUCGACCUGAAAUUGAAACAUGGAUUGUUGAUUUCUUUGCUCCAUGGUGUGGACCUUGUCAACAACUUGCUCCAGAACUUCAAAAGGUUGCGAGAGCUCUUUUGGAAGUUGAUGAAAAUGCAAAAACAGCAUCUGUCGAUUGUCAAAAAUAUGCGCAAUUUUGUAAACAAACUGGAAUUGGAUCAUAUCCAACAAUUCGAAUGUUCCCAGCCAAAAAAACUAAACAGCCAAGAAGAUCCGCAUUUUAGUGAGUUUGAAAAUUUGGGUAAAAUUAUUGGGUAUUUUUUUGAAGUUUUGUACAUCAGUUUCAAAAAAUGGGACAUUCUCAAAAUCGGCUCGAUCCCUAAUUGUCGCAUUCAAAAAUACCCAAAUUUUCAUUCAUUCAUUCAUUUUUCAGCGAUUAUCCAAAUCAUAUGUGGCGAAACUCGGAUUCAAUUCAAAGAUGGGCUUAUAAUUUCCUUCCAACUGAAGUUGUCUCUUUGGGAAAUGAUUUCACAACUACAGUACUCGAUUCAUCUGAGCCAUGGAUUGUUGAUUUCUUUGCUCCUUGGUGUGGUCAUUGUAUUCAAUUCGCUCCAAUUUAUGAUCAAAUUGCGAAAGAACUCGAAGGAAAAGUUAAUUUUGCCAAAGUUGAUUGUGAUCAAUGGCCAGGAGUUUGUCAAUCUGCACAGGUAAAUUUCUGGUUUCUUUUCAGAUUUUAUUGUUUUUUUUUCAUUUAGAUCCGCGCAUAUCCAACAAUCAGAUUAUAUAAAGGAAAAAGUGGAUGGAGUCGACAAGAUGUUUAUGGAACUCAAAUCCAUACACAACUCAAAGAUCCAUUCAUCGAUUUUGUUACUCAACAACUUGGUCUCGAAAAACACGACGAAUUAUAA